CGAAGGUCUCUGCUGAGGAAAUGAUGGGUGCGCUAUAUACGAGCAUCUUAGAGAAGUGCGAUUGAGAGUACAACGAUUUUGUGCAUGACUGCCCCAUUGUGAUGGGAGCAAUCCCAAUCGCGCAAAGGCCACUAUCUGUUUCAGCAUGGGAUGUCAUUCCGUCACCGCUCCUGAAAUCAUCCAUCCAGUGUAUGUCGGCCGAACUUGCACCCCUCAUCUCAGGAGUCGAGUCAGACAAACCAAUUCGUAUUGUGCAUCGAUCUUUUCGCGACUUUCUCGUGGACCGAAUUGAUCCACAAUCACCCACCCAAGAUCUUUUCACUGUGAAGGAUUUAGAGCUAACUGAGGGGCUUUUCUUCAAAUUCUCAUCCAUUCCUCACGAGGCGCUGUCGGAACACGUCCAUUAUGCAUGUCGCCAUCCCGUCUAUCAUCUCACUCAAGUUCGGAAGCCACUGGAGGCACCCAAUAGGUCUGUUGGCAUAUUUCUCAACGAGCAAAUUGUGUACUGGGUGGAAGUCUGUGUGAGGACGGAAGGUUACAUCAGCAUAUCAUCGUUCCCCGAAUGGGCCAAGUUAAGCGUUGAUUGGACCGCCAAAGAUGUCAUUCACAUAUUGGUCGAAGUGUUUAGCAACGUGAGCGGAGACCUUGGGUUCUUUUCGAGAUUGCAGGAGGCGUGUCUCUUUUUGUAUCAUUCAACAAUAUCAGGCAGCAUUCCGGGGCGCUCGCAGUGAUCGAAGAAAUUGUCAAACUCUGGCACAAGCUAGUUGCUAUCUAUCCAAUCCCACACACCCCAGAUUUGGAAUGCGUAGAGGCGUAUGAUAUUGAACUCGUACGGAUGGAUGGGUCAAUGAAAGAUGCACUUGCUGCGUAUCUUGGUAGCGGUAGCGGUAGUGGUAGUCACGCUGGUGCUAAGGCACCAGGGAAAGGUGUAAAAGCUAUUUUUAUCGGAACGAGGCGGAAUGAUCCUCAUGGAGCAUCACCAUCCGUCCAUCCGUAUUAUCUUUGGCGAACGCGUUCCCAGCUAAGCUGAGUUUCGUGACUCCCACGGAUCUAGGUUAGCCAGGACU